UGCAGUGACGGGGGAAGAUGGCGGCGCGGCGCAGUCAGCUUUCUCCGAGCGCCUCGGACCCGGGCUCGUCAUCAGUCGCGAGCACGGUUCCGACCUCCGACAGGCCGGACUCGCCGGGAUUUACCGGCGGCAACGUCACUCCCCCGGGCACGGGGACAGCAACAGGCGGCCCAGCGAGUGACUCGGGCCGAGAGUUGUUCGAGGCCUGCAGAAAUGGCGAUGUUUUGCGGGUGAAGCGCCUGGUGGACUCGGGCAAUGUGAAUGCCAAGGACAUGGCCGGCAGAAAAUCGACUCCACUUCACUUCGCUGCAGGAUUUGGCAGAAAGGAUGUUGUUGAACACCUCUUACAAAAUGGUGCAAAUGUUCAUGCACGUGACGAUGGUGGUCUGAUCCCACUUCAUAAUGCCUGCUCAUUUGGUCAUGCAGAAGUUGUCAGUUUGCUGCUAUGUCACGGAGCAGAUUCAAAUGCUCGAGAUAAUUGGAAUUAUACUCCUCUGCAUGAAGCAGCAAUCAAAGGAAAGAUUGAUGUCUGCAUUGUUCUCCUGCAGCACGGAGCUGAUCCCAACAUUCGGAAUACUGAUGGUAAAACCGCUCAAGACUUGGCAGAUCCUUCUGCAAAAGCUGUGCUAACAGGUGAAUAUAAGAAAGAUGAGCUUCUAGAAGCUGCACGGAGUGGUAAUGAAGAGAAGCUCAUGGCUCUGCUUACUCCACUAAAUGUGAACUGUCAUGCCAGUGAUGGAAGAAAAACUGCAGAACCUCACCCCAUCAGUCUACGAUGUAGAAAUGGAAAUAUGUCAACUCCUCUACAUCUGGCUGCUGGUUACAAUCGUGUGCGAAUUGUUCAACUCCUCCUUCAACAUGGAGCAGAUGUACACGCCAAGGACAAAGGUGGCCUUGUACCUCUUCAUAAUGCUUGCUCUUAUGGCCAUUAUGAAGUCACUGAAUUAUUGCUGAAGCAUGGAGCCUGUGUAAAUGCUAUGGAUCUCUGGCAAUUCACACCACUGCAUGAAGCUGCAUCCAAGAACAGAGUCGAAGUCUGUUCACUUCUAUUAAGCCAUGGUGCAGACCCUACCCUAGUUAACUGCCAUGGCAAGAGUGCAAUGGAUAUGGCUCCCACUCCAGAAUUAAAAGAGAGGCUUGCAUAUGAAUUUAAAGGCCAUUCGUUACUGCAAGCUGCAAAGGAAGCUGAUUUGGCAAAAGUGAAAAAGAGUCUUGCUUUAGAGAUAAUAAAUUUCAAGCAUCCACAGACCCAUGAAACCCCAUUGCAUUGUGCUGUGGCUUCACAACACCCAAAACGGAAGCAGGUGACAGAACUGCUUUUGAGAAAAGGAGCAAAUGUGAAUGAGAAAAAUAAAGAUUUUCUUACACCACUACACGUGGCUGCGGAAAGAGCACACAAUGAUGUGGUGGAAGUUCUUCACAAGCAUGGAGCAAAGAUGAAUGCUUUGGAUACGCUUGGUCAAGCAGCUUUACAUCGAGCGGCACAUGGUGGACACUUACAGACAUGUCGCCUCUUGUUAAGUUACGGCAGCGACCCUUCCAUUUUGUCUCUACAAGGGUUUACAGCUGCACAAAUGGGGAACGAGUCUGUGCAGCAGAUACUCAAUGAGAAUGUUCCAUUGCACAACUCAGAUGUUGAUUAUCGAUUCUUGGAGGCAGCAAAGGCUGGAGACCUGGAAACGGUGAAGCAAUUGUGCACAACCCAGAAUGUGAACUGCAGGGACUUGGAAGGACGGCACUCCACCCCACUACAUUUUGCUGCAGGUUACAAUCGGGUGGCUGUUGUAGAGUACCUGCUACAUCAUGGUGCUGAUGUGCAUGCCAAAGACAAAGGGGGUCUUGUUCCUUUGCACAAUGCUUGCUCAUAUGGACAUUAUGAAGUAGCAGAACUGUUGGUGAGGCAUGGUGCCUCAGUGAAUGUGGCUGAUCUAUGGAAAUUCACACCUUUACAUGAAGCAGCAGCCAAAGGCAAAUAUGAAAUUUGCAAACUUCUUUUAAAGCAUGGAGCUGACCCGACAAAGAAGAACAGAGAUGGCAAUACACCUCUGGACCUUGUGAAAGAGGGAGAUACAGAUAUUCAGGACUUACUGCGAGGAGAUGCUGCUUUACUUGAUGCUGCCAAGAAAGGCUGCCUUGCUCGAGUCCAAAAGUUAUGUAGUCCAGAGAACAUAAACUGCAGAGAUACUCAAGGAAGAAACUCAACACCACUCCAUCUUGCAGCUGGUUAUAAUAACCUUGAGGUGGCUGACUAUCUUUUGGAGCAUGGUGCAGAUGUAAAUGCACAAGACAAAGGGGGCCUUAUUCCUCUUCACAAUGCAGCAUCCUAUGGGCAUGUGGAUAUUGCAGCACUUUUAAUCAAAUAUAACACCUGUGUAAAUGCAACUGAUAAAUGGGCCUUCACUCCUUUACAUGAAGCAGCGCAGAAAGGAAGAACACAGCUAUGUGCUUUGCUGCUAGCUCACGGGGCAGACCCUACCAUGAAGAACCAAGAAGGCCAGACGCCUUUAGAUUUGGCUACGGCUGAUGACAUCAGGGCCUUACUUAUUGAUGCAAUGCCACCAGAAGCCCUCCCAAGUUGUUUUAAGCCUCAGGCAACUGUUGUUAGUGCAGCAGUAAUCUCUCCAGCCUCAACCCCUUCUUGCUUGUCUGCUGCUAGCAGUAUAGAUAACCUGAGUGGCCCACUUGCAGAAUUGUCUGUUGGCAGUAGUUCGGGUGCAGCUGAUGGAGCUACUGGCACUGAGAGGAAAGAAGGAGAAGUUACUGUCCUUGAUAUGAACAUAAACCAAUUCCUUAAAAGUCUAGGCUUGGAACACCUGCGAGAUAUUUUUGAAAGGGAACAGAUUACUUUGGAUGUGUUGGCUGACAUGGGACAUGAAGAGCUUAAAGAAAUUGGAAUUAAUGCCUACGGGCACCGUCACAAAUUAAUCAAGGGUGUUGAACGACUGCUCGGGGGACAACAAGGUACAAAUCCUUACUUGACUUUCCAUUGUGCCAGCCAAGGAACCAUUCUUAUUGAUCUUGCACCUGAUGACAAAGAAUACCAGUCUGUGGAGGAAGAGAUGCAGAGUACCAUCCGAGAACACAGAGAUGGUGGGACAGCUGGUGGAAUUUUUAAUAGAUACCAUAUCAUUAAGAUUCAAAAAGUUGUGAACAAGAAACUUAGGGAGCGAUUCAUUCACCGGCAGAAGGAGGUAGCAGAGGAAAACCAUAAUCAUCACAACGAAAGGAUGCUCUUUCACGGUUCUCCAUUCAUCAAUGCUAUCAUUUAUAAAGGGUUUGAUGAAAGGCAUGCCUAUAUCGGUGGGAUGUUUGGUGCAGGAAUUUACUUUGCAGAGAAUUCCUCAAAAAGCAAUCAGUAUGUCUAUGGUAUUGGAGGGGGUACUGGAUGUCCAACUCAUAAGGAUCGGUCAUGUUACAUAUGCCACAGGCAGAUGCUGUUCUGCAGAGUUACACUUGGGAAGUCAUUUCUACAGUUCAGUGCAAUGAAGAUGGCUCAUGCCCCACCAGGACAUCAUUCUGUGAUUGGAAGACCUAGUGUCAAUGGACUUGCUUACGCAGAGUAUGUUAUCUAUAGAGGAGAGCAGGCCUAUCCAGAAUACCUCAUCACGUACCAGAUUCUGAAGCCAGAAAGUCCAUCACAGCAGAUAACAGCAAGUGAACAGAAGUCGUAGUACGAGUCAGACCUUGGCACCAAAAUGAACUUGUGAUGAAUGCCUUUCCAUUAGACUGUAACAGUAUUUAUUUGAGAGAACUUCAGAAAAUUAUACUGGUGUUUCAGUUUCUAAUUCUUUUCCCCCUCUAAGGAAACCUACAUUUUACAUCAACACCAAACCCGUGGUUGUGUGCCCCUUCCUUUCCAAAAUUGCUACUUGUUUCUUUUGUUACAAAGUAUUUGUUUUAUUUUUGCCCUGCUAUUCAUCCCUCUCUCUCGCUUUGUUUUUUUCAAAUAAAUUGAACCUUCUAAGUGCUGUUAAUUGAAAGCAUUGAAGUACUGCUUAAAAUGCAAUUCUGAGUGGCUUCUUUGCCUGAUGGUGAUGGUUCCCACUACAACUGAUGAUACUUGUUCUAUAGUCAGUUACUUUUUAAUCAGCCAAACGAUAUAACCAGAUUUGUCAUUACAAAACCAGCCAUAAAAAAAAUCAGUGGCCUAAUACAUAAAAGGACUAAAUUGCUUAAUGGGAGCCAAUAAAUAAAAAUAUACUGUAAUUCAGUAGUACUACAGUAGUAAUUCAGCCAAAUAAGUGAUGCUAAAACUCAAUGGCUCACUGUAUUGCAUAACACUCUUUAUUUACAUGUCAGUUCGAUUACAUACUGGAAUUUUCUAGAGAGUAACUUCCAUGGAUUUGCCUUCCAAAAUUAGCAUUUGGUUUACCAAGCUUUAAAGAUUGGAUGCCUUGAAAAUUAAUUUGGAUAAACAAUGGAAGUUUUGCAGUUUUAUAUAAUCUGAAUUUAAAUUUUGACAGUCUAUGUAACUUACAUGAAAAAUGUGCAUUUUAUUGUCUAAAACAAUUCCGGUUUAAUGGCUAAUCUCCAUUACGUGGGUAAAUAUUGUCGCCCAGCAGCAGGUGCCAGCAAUGGCUCAUGAGCAGUACUGAGAGAUUAAAGUAAGUUGCAGACUAAUGCUUCGUUGCUUUCAGCUUGAUUAUCCUCUUGCAAGUGAAUAUGUGGAGCAAAAGUGACUUGAUAUUUUCUACUGCAGCCGAGGAGUAUUAAAUAUUUAUAAAUGAAAAAUCCAGCUCGCUUUGUAAAACUUUGCAAAUCCUGCAAUCCUCUGAGCUUUAUGAAUGAAACUUUCAGAUGGUUGUGUGUAGCAAGACUGUAAUUUGUUGUAGCACCUUUUAUUAGGAUGAUAAAACCUGUGAACAUGAAAACAGAAUAUCGUUGGAGUAUUGUAUUCCAUCAUUUUAAGAUAAUGAACCUUAAAAUGGAGUUAUACUGAUUUUAAAUUUUUAAAUGCUGCUGACACACAUUCUGACCUUAGGCAUCAUUGUCAUUGUCAAAAUCAUCAUUGUUGAAUAAUAUCAUAAUUUCCAGAAACAUAAUAGAAUUCAGCAUUCUAAAGCAACACGAGAAGGUAAUUUAGAAUGUGGUACUUAAUUUACUGGAAUUAAUUCAAUGUUUUUGAGUGUGCAGAUUAUCUCAUGUUAUGUAGCAGGUUCUAUGAUGUUAUAUGCUAUUUGUUUGAAUCUAGCUGAUAGUUUAUCUGUGCACGUACUUAGAUUUAAUAUCCCACUGCACUAUAGGAACCCGUUCGAUAUGUUUUUAAGAAGGAACAAUUAAAUAGAUAUUGGAAGGGAGGGAGAAGUACUGUGGUCCAGAUCAGAUUUAUUUUCCAUUCAUAGCUCUGUUAAUUCCACAUGUAGCAGAGUUGAUGUCCAUGUACACUUCAAGCUGUUAGCUGCUUGCAGUGUGUAAGCAAAUUUGCCCUUUACAUUGUUGUGUCGUUGAAUGUUUUAUCUGUUAUCAUAUUUUACUUAGUUUUUGCACUCUGCUUUUAGUGUGUUUUGCUAUUUUGCUUCUUGUUAUCCAGUCUGCCUUGUGGUGUCAGACUCUAAACGUAUACUUGAACUUGACUAUGUGUAUUCUGUUGAUUUAAUCAUUUUGAAUCACUUUGGAGUGGUGUCAUUGCAAAUGACUUCUCUCUUUUUGCAUUUUCGUAACUUUAAUAUUCACAGUCUUGAACAUGUAAUUGGAUUAAUCACAAUUUGUUGACAAUUCCUUAUAUUUGUAAAAGGCAUCGCCAUCCUCUUGUGAUUGGUUUUGUCAUUAACAAGGAAACCUCAACAGCAUCAGAACAGUAGAAUUGUUAAUGAUCUGCAGCUCUGAAAGAUGGGAUUUAUUUGUGAAGCGGUUUCACUUUGAGUUUCUAAAUGUGACUUACUUGGGGGAGAAAGUAGGCAGUGUGACUUGAUGUGAAAUGCAUUUGAAAAAUGUUAAAUUUAAUAACAUUUCAUAAUAUUCAAUUCAAAUUUAUAGCAAGCCUUACCUUGAAUUACAUGAACUGUCAAAUGAUGGUGAUGAUGUAGAUGGCUAUUUUGUUCUGAAAAUCUCUGCUUUCUGGGAGUUUUAAUAGUUGGAAAAACACUAAACAGAUGGAAUUGAUUGACAUUCAGUUCCCUAAGAAAUAUGUUCAUUUAAAUAUGCUAUCACUCUACAAGGUCAUGAUGCUAUUCAGGGCUAAUUCUUUUCAGAAAAGUAAUUUUAAGUUGCAACUUGUUGCAAUAAAUUAUUGUGAAAAUAGGUGCAUUAAUCUACAAACAUGUUGCAGUGAAGCUAUGUGAUGAGGUCAAAUUUAUUUUGUGUAAACUUCACAUUGCUAUCCUUGCUACUUUUUCUCAGAUUUAUUUUAUGAUUAGUAUUAUACUGAUUGUUGCAUCUGAUGUGCAGAAGGACCAGCUACACCUCUGCCAUUGCACCAAGUUUCAUGGCUACCUUCAAUACGCAAUUUAUGAUUGACUCUUAAAACUAAAGCCAAAUUGUGCUUCUCAAAGUCAUGCUCUUUACACAUUUCUGCACAAUGUCAUUAUUUGUUAGUUUUCCACCUGUUUUAUUUAGUGUUAUAUAGUCAGUUUCAGUAUUUGGCCAGCUUGUUAGAUAUGAAAUUAGCCCACGUGAGCAUUGAAAAGAAAAGCUUGCCUGCAUUGUGGUCAGAAGUGUGAUAUAAGCUUUAUUUCUUGGAGUCUGCCUAAAUUUCACAGUAUGAAUAAUUACCCCAUAGUUUGCUUUAUAGAAGACAUCUCUAGUAUGGCUUUGGUGUGAUGACCUUAUUUGCACAAUUAUUUUAUUCCUGUAUUUAACUGUUCAAGAUUAAUGCUACAGUGUGCAUCUAUUAAUUUUAUAUUUUGCAUAGAUAAUCACAUUUUAGAACAAGUCCUGUUUUAGCAUUUCUCUUGCGUUUUGGAAUAUUGAGAGUGCACAUGUAGCAAUAUUUUUUGCUUGCUUACAAGAACUUAGUAAUGAGUGGACAACAGUUGCUGUAUUAUACAAGACAAUGGGCACAGAUCAUUACUCCUUAUAGUUUUACCACCCUCCAGCUGAGAAGAAAGGUUACAUGAACUAACAGACAGUUGAAGCUAAAUAAAAAUUUUAAAGGUGAAUAAGAUUUCAUUAGCACUGCAAGUUCUUUUGAAAUAUAGGCUUCUUUCAUAUUUUUUCUUUAACAUUAACAAAUAUGAUAGCCUCCUGUCGAAAACAUCAAGGUCUUCCCAGAUUAUAUGAAAAUUAAGUGUGUGUACCCUUUAAUCUGUAAAAUGGUGUGGUUGAUGGUUCAAUGCAUAGAUUGUGAAUUCUUUCUAGAUUUGAAUCAUUCCAAGCACAUCCCACAGAAUUAACAAUUAUAAACAGGUUGCCUUAAUGGCUCAGCUCCCUUUUAGUAAAUUGACAUGGUUAUCACUUAAAAAAUAUGUUGGAAUACAAGGGGAAAAAAAUCCUUAUUUGUAACACUAACUACUUAAUUUCAAAUGCAUUAUCUUUUCCUUAUUUCAACUUCUUCCCCCAUUUAGAUUAAUUUGUUUUUUCCUUAUCAUUACAUUUUUAGAUUACCAUUUACAGUAUGUCACAGAAUGUAUUAUGUAUUGUACUUGAUAAAUCAAGUGACCUUCUGCUUUGUAUUUUACUUUGUAAUUAUGGUAUUUUUAAUAUGCACAUUUUGUCAAUAUAAGGUGCUAAUGUUUUUUGCCAGCAAACACUUGAAAUGGGUGUUAAGUAAUUUAAUAUAGAUAUAGAUGCCAUUUACUUUUCCAGUGGCUUGAAAUUGUACGUAUAAAAAAAUGGAGACUGUACAUAUGUAUUUUAGUUUGUAAAUGUAUUGGUAGUAAUUUCAGUGAAAAUAAUGUUGGAAAUGUGAAUAUGUCUACACCAACAAGGAUGGGAAAGUUGUAAACUUGAUUGGUAUAAAUAACUUUUUAUUGUAAUUGGAAUAUUGAUAUACAGGUAUUUCUUUCUCCUUUCAUUUAAGUUUCUGAUUAUUUUCAUAAUUUGGAGUGUACAGCUGUGUGUAAGGCUUGACUUGUAAAGAUGUACUGAGUUGUGAUGUGUGUGGUACUGAAGUAACUGUUAAUAAACUGCAGUGAUGCCA